AACUGCGUCUACGCAUGUCUAGAUGCUCUCACCUUGGUCCAAUAUUCCGACAUACCCGUUGGAGCAUCCUACUAUACGGGGUACUGCAAUUCGACCAUAUUCGUUACUUCGCUCAUCUCAUGUGCCGAUACCUAUUGUACUCCCGAACAAAUUGAUGCGGGAUGGAAAGUGGAGAAUGGCUAUUGUGUGAAUUAUGGGUUCGUAUCUUUACCAUCCAUUGAGGAAGCAAGAGCAAAAGUUCCAGGAAAUGUGGAGACGGUGGACACUCUGUCUAUGACGGGGCAGAUGUACAAUGGGACUAUCGUACCUUCCCAGGAAGCAUUCGCGGCCGGAUAUAAGACCGAAAAUGUGUGGGGGAAAGAGUCAAUUUUUCAUCAAGCGUUCGGUUGGACCAUGUACCUGCUAUUUGGAAGUGCAAUCGUAGUCGGAAUGAUUAAUCGUGUUUACGCUUGGUUCGUCAACAAAUACCCUCUACACGAAGAUGAAAUCGAAUCGAAGCAAGGAUGGGCGGGGAAAAUGUAUACAUACUAUCGAAAGUAUUUCGGAGUUCCUGCUUUGUUCGGAUAUCGUCGUGCUCAACCUUGGGGCUGGUUUUCCAUUCCUACACGAUUGCAAGGAUUCUGGGUGUUUGCCUACGUCAUCAUCAAUAUCGUAUUUUGUACGGUCGAUUAUAAUCUGUUUGAGGAAAAUCUUUACUGGCCACAUCAGAUCGCAGUCCAGCGCUGGCGAUACGUAUCCGAUAGAACGGCCAUUAUCUGUUUUUACAAUCUCCCGCUGCUUUGGUGUCUAGCGGGUAGGAAUGAUGUUUUUCUUUGGCUAACGGGAUGGUCUUAUGCCACGAUGAACCUCUUCCAUCGUUGGGUGGCGCGGAUGGCUACCGUUCAAGCCCUUGUUCAUUCAGCCGCAUGGACCUGGCUAUACGUCAGCUUCUACGGUAACUACGCCGCCCAGUAUAAAGAUCUCUGGUGGACCGCGGGGGUAGUGGCCAUGGUUACCAUGGCCCUCAUCCUUCCUCUCUCCAUCCUUCCCCUUCGUCACAAAAUGUAUGAAUUCUUCCUCCUCAUUCACAUCGCUUUGGCCCUAGCUACGCUAGUUUUGCUCUGGUACCAUGUCCAAGUCUACGAUGGCGCGUAUAAUGGCUUUAUUUGGGCCUGUGUGGCAGUAUGGUGUUUCGACAGGGCUGUUCGUCUAGUUCGAGUCUUUGUCCUAUCUUUCAAAACGUUCAAAGCUGGAGGGUUCAACACGAUGGGCACCAUGACGGGUAGUCAACAACACGGACUUAUUAGAUUAGACGUGACAACCUCCAUAAACCUCACGCCUCGACCAGGUCAACAUUACUUCCUUUACACGCCUCGUUUGUUCAAUUUCUGGGAAAACCAUCCAUUCACCCUUGCCUCUUGGAACCAAAUCGAUGGACAUACACAUCUACAUUUUAUGGUGGCUCCUCAACGAGGUGCGACUCGACAAUUACAGCGUAAAUUGCGUCGAACGGAAAAUGGGAGUGUGAUGCUUCGGGUUUUGAUCGAAGGUCCAUAUGGAAGCACACACAAUCUUAGAGGAUUCGACACCGUCCUCUUGAUCGCAGGUGGAAGUGGUAUAACCGCCGUUCUACCUUAUCUCCAUGACCUUCAUCUUGCCGACUGUUCAUCCACUUCACAUGUUCGACGUAUCAUCUUGAUCUGGGCGGUGAAGGAUAUGGAAUACGCAUCGAAUGUCUUGAAACACGAAUUGAGCGAAGUAUCUUCGAUGACGGAAGUGAACAUUUACACCACUAGUAAGGAUGAAUCAGCGAUUCAAGCAUUGCCUGAAUCAGACAGCUCCUCGUCGUCAGAUGAAAUUGUGAGAUCUUCAAUGGGAGAAAAUGCCGAGAAAGUCGGAGAAGGAAAAGGUACCCGGAGAUCGACAAUAAAGUAUGGACGACCGCUUCUUAAAGAGAUACUGGACGAAGGAUUGAUGAAAUCUCAUGGGAGAGUGGCAGUAAUGGCAUGUGGCCCAAAUCAAAUGAUGGAUGACAUGAGGAAGAUUGUCGCGCAUGCUUAUGGUACGAAAAGGGGUAAAGUGUCUGGGUCGAGGAUGGAGUAUUUCGAAGAACAAUUUGCGUGGUGA